AUGGUCAAAGCAAAGUAUAAGUGCGGUGAUCAAGAACUUUGGAGUAUGCCUACUGUUGAUUUAUAUACUGUGCUAGAAAAUAAGCCGAAUCAUAAGCUUUUAAAGCUUACUCCGGAGUUAUUAGAGGCAUUUAAAAACGGCGAUGUGACGUUUAAGGCGAUGGACAUGAACAGUGAAGUCGUGCUAUGUUCGAAAGAUAAGACUUGGGCUGUGAGACAGAAGAACCACUCUAAUACUGUGAUGCUUAUGAAGGAAUUAGACGUGAAAAAUAGAGCUCAAGGUGAGGAAUAUGAUGUAAAUGGUAGGAUGAAGCCUUCACCGCAAAGUUACUUGGCGUAUUCAAGACAGAAAUUUGAACUAGAACCUAAGAUUAUUAAGGGCAGAAUUGCGGUUGGUAGAUUGCCUAUAUAUCAUGGAGAACAAGAUUUUCCAGUGGGACAGGGGAAUUGCGUUAUGAUGGAUGAAUUUAAGCGCUGUUCGCCGUGUUCAGAAAAAGAGUUCGAUGCCAGCUGGUACAAGCUGAGAGGUUGUACUGUGAAUGGAUACGCGUGUAUUCUAUCAGAAGACUUGUUAUCGCGGGCGCUUCAUAUUACAUUGAUGAGUGUGCUUGCAGAAUCGAUGGCAAUUGAGAAUAUAGGUCUAGAUGAAAUCCAUGAUACCAUUACAAAGGACCUAACGGAAGGGUUGGCGCACAAUCCCUACUGUAAGGAGGUCAUACGCACGGUACUCUGCAAGUUUGGAGAGCCAUGUCAAGGAGAAAAUGGUCGGUAUGGCUUGCAUUUGGGUCGGAUUUCCCAGUGGUAUGGGAUCUGCGCGCUAAGGAAGUUUGCGUUUCGUGAACCCGUCCUGGAGGAAGAGUUCAUGAUCAAAUGGAAGUCUCUGUUUCCGCCCUUCUUUCAAUGCGAUAUUGAUCUAGAUCUACUCUGCGGAGAGUUUGCGCGUCCUGGAGCGAAUACAGUACAGUAUCUACCCAAGGACACGCUACCCGUUAAUGCCAAGGAUCGCUUUAAGCAACUUUUUAAGAUCCAGCGAUCCUGGAACCUAGAACACAUUGUCCCCUUCAUAGAAGAUCUCAAUACCAGAGGUAUAAACAUCGAAUCUUUUGUGAUGAAGUAUGCGCGUAGGAAAAAGCAAGGUAAGACUGUUAUUGUUACAGCCCGGUAA